GUACAGCUUCUCCAGUGAAACGAAUCGAUAAAGACACUAAGUUUUUCACGAAGAACAAUACCUUAAUUUAUUACCAUACAACGUGUACUUUAUGUAAAAGAGAAAAAGGUGAAAGGAUUUGUAUAGCUGUGAUAAAAGUUUAAAAUUUAAAAUUUACUUCGUGGCUGACGAUGUGGCUUGUAACCGUGUGGCAGCUGCAUUGAAGAAAAUUACAGUUUCUGAGUUUACGUUCAAUCCUGUAAUUUAAAAGAUGCAAUCGUUUUUAUACAUCGUCGUGAUCGGCGUAUUGGCCGUUAACGCGCAAGAAAAUGCUCAACGAAAUGUUCCGUCAUCUCUUCUCGAGUGUUAUAAUAAUACCUACCUUUUGGAGAAGGACAGCAGACUUCCACACAAUAUUAAUACAUUAAUUGCAAUCCUACGUAAGAUUGAAAAUACUGCAGGUUUAAAUAUGGAUCUGCGUGGUCUUUCAGUAGCUCUUUUGCACAGAUUUCGGCAAGAUGGUAUCGAACGAAAUCAUAGAGUUCAGGCACAAAAUGGUAUCACGCCGUAUGCACCAAAUGGAUUACAAUUUUAUCGGGGUGCUGCGACACUUCGAUUAAUUCCAGGCAAUGCAGUUACGUUUCCGAAUAAUAGUCUCAGUGAUGUUGAAAGGUGUACUCUUCACUUUAUGCUGUCAAGCAGUAUUGAAAUAAUUGAGAGAGGAGACGAAGCGACUACUUGUCGAGUAACAAAUAAUCUGUAUAGAAAUGAGAGAAGUGUCAAUGAAGAAUCAGAAAGUAAUACAGAGAAUAUAAUUAUUGAUGACGUCGAGACCCUGUCUCCAGAGCAAUUAGAAAUAAUGAAGAGCAACAAUGGAGAACGUAAGAUGAAUACUGUUGAUCCAAAUUGGUUGUAUCCGGAAUUACCACCGAAUCAUCCUGAUAGCGCAAAAGUCAUGGCAAUAAUUACCCCAAGUAGAUGUCCCGUCGAGAAUGGAGUCAUUAAAACCCCUUGGGGUGCCGUAGCAGGUGGUCCACUUCUUGCAGGUAUAGCAGCUGCACUUCAGCCACAAACUGUAAGCCUAAGUAGCUUAUUAAGAGAAGAACUAAUAGAGAAGGGUUACGAUUCGGCUGCAACACUAGAUAACAAGUGGAUUGCAACUUUUGCUGGGGACUUAGCUGAGGUUGCACUAGUUCAGGGUCCAGAUAAACCAGAUAAAAUUUUGAGUGUCGGUGUUAAUGGCAAUUGGAAUUCUACGGCUUUGCCAAAAUGGUAUUUUCUCAGUACUAACGAAAAUCUUGAGUUUACUACAGCUGAAAUAAGGGGUGACUUGGACGGUUUAAUUCUUGCAAAUUAUGUAGCGAGCUGGUACUCCCGCACUUCCACUAUUCGACUCUCACAGAUUUUAGAUAUGUAUUACAGUCCUCGUGGCGUUUUUAAUUCCACCAUACGAGCUUGUAAUCGUAGAACGUUAUUAACAAGUGUUGCACCUAAUGCAACUAUAGCUGCACAGGCUUACAUUGCAUCGUUGCUUCUAAGCGAAGAUGUUGCUACGGCGACAAUUGAUCCAGCUAGAAUUGAAACUUUCGUCACUUAUUCCACAAAUCAAUUAUUGAAUUAUAUACCGACAUCAAUGAACAGUGAUUUGACUUGUACUAUUACGGACGCAUAUAACGAUAUCAAUCGUGCUUCUGUUGAUUUAACUAUCAUCCUUGAUACCAAUUGGCCAUUUUCUUCUAUACAACCAAUUCUGGGCAACUUGCUGGAGAGUAUAGAAGUUGGCAUGUUUAACAGUAACUUCACUCUGAUAAACGCCUUCAAUGGAAGUAUCAUGAUCGAUUCUUCUAAUAGCAUUUUGAAUUUUUACAACUUUAAUUCCUCUAAUUAUCAAAAUCAUACCACUGGUUUUGAUCUUGCAAAAACUUUCGAAACUCUUCGAUUGUUGCAAACUGACAAAUUAAACUCUGAACAGAGAUUGGGUAUUGGUGGAAGAAGUUCCGACAUUGUAUUAAUUAUUCCAUACACUUCCACGGUUUCUGAGACUGACAAACAAUACUGUUUGGAACAGUUGCGAACUAUGCGGGAAGAAGUUCCAGAUGCUACGAUUCUCUUUCUGACUUAUGGAUCAAAGGACAGAUGGUCUGAUUUGGUGUUUAACCCCUCAACAGAUAUCUUUGCCAUCACAUCAGGGGAUACGACAAGUUCCUUAGAACCAAUUGGUAACUUGGUAGCCAGGAUAAAACGAAAUCAAAAACGAUUGAUAAACUCGCAAUGCGGUGCAAACUUUGUAUCAUCAGGAUCAUCAAAUUCAUUUAUCGAUUACGUGGAACCGUCAGGUGUCAACUUUUACAGACUCCAUCCCAAUUAUUUCUUUACUGCCGAAUCGUCAAACCUUCCCACAGUAAAGGUUCAGGGGGCGGGCUGGGGCACUCUCACUGUAUGCACUUCGCGCAAUGUUCUCCAUGUAAAUACAACUGAAGCACUUGCAGCUGCAUCUUGCACAUCUGUGACAAGCAACACAUAUAGUUUUACUGUCUCUUGUCCAGAUGCAAGUGUAAUUCAUCAGUGUCAACCAUUGUACGUAGCAGUAUUUGGCAAUGUAUCCAGCAGUUCUUCAUACCAGUGUACAGAUGCAAGCGUCUGCCGAUUCCCAGAUAUGUUAAAGUACACAUUUUCAUAUGAAAAUCUUCUGUGUAGAAGUGGUGCAAGUUCAUUUGCAAAACCAGUAAUUCUAAUUUUAUCAAUCAUCUGUUUUUAUUUUUAUUAACUAAUAGCUUCUGGCAUUAGGGACAAACAUAUCUCAUACAGCGAUGAAGAAUUAUUUUUUAUCUUUUCAACCAGGAUAAUAUAAAUCGUAUUUUAGUUUCACCAUAUCAUGUGUUAGUAGUGUUUGAAGUUUCAAAUGAAAUUGCAUAUAGUCUGUCCACGAGUAAAAUGUAAUUUGGAGGGACCAUCUUCUUAUAAUUUUUCACAUAAAAGAAUCCCCUGAAUACAGUUUUGUACUUGUUAAUUAACUGUAUUUUCAUGAGAAUAUCAAAAAGUUCGAUUUUGACUUAUAUAUAGUUAUAAUUCAUUUCUUGUACCUGGAACAUACCUCGUCUGAUAUACAGACCUGGUGUCACCCAUACAACUACAUAAAAAUUUUAGACAAGUAAAUUUCUACUAUGUAAUUCAUUAUUUCAUGAUGUACUAUAAAGAAGACUUAUCUUCAUUUAGCAAAAUAUAUAUUUUUUGUUUAGCAAAGAAAAUGGCUAUUGAAAAAUGUAUUCAGGAAUUAUGGUUGUCGUUAUGAUAGAUGAAGUAAUAUUAGCAAUUAUUUUAGACAAAUCAGACUUAGCAGGAUGAAAACUACUAUCAUUUGUAUAUUUUAUAAAAGAGUAAACAUGGACAUCAAAUAAAAAGUACAAUUUUAAAUUAAAGUAUGGAAUUGACUGUUGUGUACUGUGUGUACAUUAUAAAUAAGUUCAUGUCAAUAAAAUUACAUAGUAAUUAGUAA